UUUUCUCGAAAUACAUGUUUUCAUCAUUUAAGAUUUAUUUAGGAUGAAAAUGAUAGAUGGAGAGGAUGGAGGACUGAAUAAUGGGUGGGUGUGUGGAUUGGCAGAUUGCGAAAUUAAAAUAUUAGCAAAACACCUAAUUAUGAAUAAAUGUAGCCUACAUGUAUGUUCAGUUCUUGUGUUCACGUGUUUACACGCAUUCUGUUAAAUUAGCCCAUACAGGUAAGUCAACAGAUAAUUGCAUCAUUAUAAAAUUAAGAUUCUUCCAAAUGUCUAUAGGCUAAUAAGUAAAUUGACGUUGCCUUGAUAGAUGUUUGCAGGGACAUUCACCCUUGGGUUGGGAAGGACAUUCAAAAUUCCUCUGCAGUGUUUAGGGUAGGGCUGAGGGUAUAAAGAUCCCACUACAGACUAAAAAGUGUGAGUGACUAGUUCCAGUUGAAGUUGCAAAAGUUACACGAGCAUCAUCAUGAGCCGCAGUCCAGAGAGGAUGUCUUCCUACCGCCGGCAUUUCGAGGGCACACUGGCCCUUCCUGCCUACCAGCUCCGCGUGUCCAGUCCCUCUCCCACCCGCAGGGAGACCCGCCACCGGUCGGCCAGCUUCACCCGGAGUGGUGGAACGAUGGAGCGCAGGGCCACCUCCAACAAAGCUCGCAUCACCAGCAGUGUGAGUAUGAGAGCGCUGUGCUUUGGUAUGUCUAUGGGACUUGGGCCAAAACUGGACCUGGAUGCGGCUGUAGCAGAGAACCAGGCCUUUAUAAUGACUCGAACCAAUGAGAGGCAGGAGAUGGUGGCUCUCAACGACCGCCUGGCGGUGUAUAUUGAAAAGGUGCGAACCUUGGAGUCAAAAAACAAGCUGCUGGAGGCUGAGAUUGAGGCCCUUAAAAGCCGCCUUGUCAGACCAGGCCUCAGGCAGCUGUACGAGUCCCAGCUGAAGGAUCUCUACAGGGUUGCCGAGCAAAUGAGAGUCGAGAGGGAUAUGUCUUUGGCAGCCAAGGAGGCAACGUUGGGCCAGUUGGAUAUGCUGAAGGCCAAAUAUGAUGAGGCCGUGGAUGCCCGGAAAAAGACGGAGCAUGACAUUGAGGUUCUCCGUCCGGAUGUGGACAGAGCAACCACAGAACGGAUCACACUGGAGAAACAGCUGGAACACCUGGAGGUUGAGCUGGCCUUCCUGCAUAGAGUUCACAAGGAGGAAAUUGAUGAGCUGAUGCAGCAGAUCUAUUCAGCGGCCUCCAGGGUGGACCUGAGCUUUGGCCUCCCAGACCUCUCCUCUGCUCUCAAACAGAUUCAGUCUCAGUACGACAGCAUUGCCGCCAAAAACCUACAGGAAAUGGACGCUUGGUACGGGUCAAAGUUUCAGGACCUGAGCAAUGCCUCCACCAAACACGCUGAAAGUAUUCGAAGUUUGAGAGAGGAAAUCGCAGGCUAUAAGAAGGAUAUUCUCAACAAGGAACGUGAGCUGGAUGCACUGAAGACGAGGAACGAGCAUUUGGAAGCUCAGAUUCGUGAUGCAGUGGAAAAAUACAAGAAGAAGGAGGAGGACUUACAGGAGCGUAUAGAGGCGAUUAAGUUGGAUCUACAGGUAACCAAGGAGAAGAUCGCUCUGUUGCUGCGGGAAUACCAGGACCUGCUAAAUGUAAAGAUGGCUCUGGAGAUUGAGAUCACCACCUACAGGAAGCUGAUCGAGGGGGAAGACAGCCGUUUGAGUACCAUGGUCGGAAACCUGUCCCUAACAGGAGGCCUGCAUCUCACUUCCAGUGCCGGUGUGCGUGCUACCUCAGCCUCAGCCUCUGAUAGCUCAGUCCCUGCAGCGUCUUCAAAGUUAGAUCCAGCCUCCAGUGACAUGGCCAGUAGCGGGGCUGAGAAGGCUCCGGGUGCUGGCGGCCCCCAAUUGAAGGUGGCCUCGUCUGACACCCAGACAGACGGCAACUUAGAGGAGCAGGCAACUGAGAUGUCUGAGAGGAAAACUGUCCUCAUCAGAACAGUUAAGACAGAUGAGGAUACUUAUGAGAGCGACACACAGGAGCGCACCAUCAUCAUUUCUGGAGCAGCAGACGACACAGAAGAAGAAUAGACCAUUUAGUGCCCCCAAAUCUCUCUGAGCGACCCUUGCUAACUAUAUGCUGUACACCAAUGUUUCAUGUCACGUUAGU